CCCGGCUCAAUGGGUGACAUUCGCGAUUGGAGGCCGUUUGUUUACGGCGGAAUGGCCUCGAUAAUGGCCGAGUUCGGUACGUUUCCCAUCGACACGACGAAAACUCGGCUGCAAAUUCAAGGUCAAAAGACAGAUCGAUCUCACAGCGAACUGCGGUACCGGGGAAUGAUGGAUGCGUUCGUGAAAAUUUCCCGCCAAGAAGGCGUCAAGGCGCUCUAUUCCGGGAUAUGGCCAGCAGUUUUGCGACAGGCCACGUACGGUACCAUCAAGUUCGGCACGUACUACACCCUUAAAAAAGUGGCCACUGAUCGAGGCCUACUGCACGAUAAGGCGGGCAACGAGAGCCUGUGGUGUAAUGCGGCCUGUGCCACAAUGGCGGGUGCAAUUUCGAGCGCCAUCGCUAACCCCACGGACGUGCUGAAGGUGCGCAUGCAGGUUCACGGAAGAGGCACAAGCGAGAUCGGGCUGGUUCGGUGCUUCCGGGAGAUAUACGUGCACGAAGGCAUUCGAGGGUUGUGGCGUGGGGUUGGACCAACGGCGCAAAGGGCUGCGGUGAUAGCGGCCGUGGAACUUCCGGUGUACGAUUUCUGCAAGCUUCACCUAAUGGAGACGUUCGGCGAUCAGGUGGCGAAUCAUUUCAUAUCUAGUUUUAUAGCGAGCUUGGGCAGCGCGAUCGCCUCAACACCAAUUGAUGUGAUAAGGACCCGUCUCAUGAACCAGCGGCGUGUGCAUCAGCUGGCACCGAGCAUUUCACCCGCGACCACGACCACCGGUUCGACACCCAGGUUGUACUAUAAUGGUAGCAUGGAUUGUGCCGUGCAAACCGUGCGGAACGAGGGUUUCCGUGCCCUGUAUAAAGGCUUCAUCCCGACGUGGGUGCGCAUGGGACCGUGGAACAUCAUUUUCUUCAUCACCUACGAGCAGCUGAAGCAGUUCUAUUAGACAACCGAGCGAACGAAGGGGCCACUUUUUGUUUCGUUCCGGCCCUGCCUCAAAGCAUCGUGUGUAGAUUGUGCUUUCGCUGUUUCGCGUUUCGAACCAAAGUAUAAACCCCGACUCCUGCAUUACGGGUCCGGUGUCGUCGGCCAUCACAUCCGACGGUCGGAUUUAAGAUGCGGCUUAGAAUAGGCAUCCCGCAUUUCCGUAACUCAUAAGCUUAGCUGUUUGCGAACAAAUACGCCACAUCCUUUGGGAACUGUAACAAAGGGCCUCCAAUAAUGAGGCACGUGUUUAACACCUGCAACCGGCUAGUGGCCAAUUUAGUGUGAAAGUCAGCAAAGGGAGAGGGGAUGGAUCUUACCCACCAUUAUUCAAUCGAAUAAUAAUCGAAUCUUCCGAGUGGAGUAAAGACUGCGGCGGUCCGUACGUAGUCGGGGAAUGCAUUUCUUUUUUGUUUUGCCAGAAAUUAUAGAGCAUUUACCUUUCCGAAGGACUCGCUUCUGUGGGAUGGCGGCUGGCUGCUGCAUUGCCGGUAGGAAUCGUUCGGUUUUGCCAUUCGUUUUGUACCAUAAUGCUUAAAACGGUUUAUUGUUCGUAAAAUAAAUGAAAAUAAAACAACACCCGUGUUCCCGUGAUCGUAUGUUAUGGAUUUAAAUUUUAAAAUUAAAAAAAAUUCAUAGGACGUA